CAAACGGCUUCAAAAUGUUCCCUAGCGAAAAUGUCAUGUACCCGAAAAUGCUCAUGAAUUUAGCUAAAUCAUUGGCUGAAUCAAAACAAACAACUUGGGAAAAGGUUUAUUGGUUGUACAACAGGUGUCCUCAAGACACUGGAGGAAUAUACUACUUGGACCAAAGAAGUCAGUAUGCUACCGUAGCUUUAGGAAUAUAUUUUCUCGAAUCAGGAUUACAGUUCAAAGAAAAUAUUUUACCAUACCUCAUUCGUCUUUUGAAGAGUUUACCAAAAGCUGUUUUUAUUGAAGAAUACUACUGCAACAAACAUGUUACAUUGUCCAUUGAAAUGUUUAGUUUUUAUCUGAAUUCACUGUUGAGUAAUAUAGCCUAUCGGUACGAGUCUAUUAAGGAAGAAGUAAUCACUACUCAAAUAGAAGUUUUUGCUGCACUAACAAAUUUCAUUCGUGGAAGUUUUGACGAAAAUUCAGAAAAAACGCCCGUUCAAAAUACACUAUGCAGAAAUAUAGUUCCAAUAUUAAUUGGUCUGGCUAGAUCAAUUGGACGUUAUGAAUUAGAAAUGUCUGAAAUUUUUUGUAAGAUUUACAUACCAGAAAAAAUUGGUAAAAGUAAAGAUUCAGUUGGUUCGGAUGAAAUUUUCGAUUCAUUUUCUAACUUUAGAUCAAUAAUUCCACACUUUUAUCAAAACAGUAUUUAUGAACAAAUACAGUCAAGCAUAUAUCAGAACAUUCCAAAUGAUUAUUACAUAAAUAAUAGCGGUGGUUUACAAAACACUGUGUAUCAUGAUUUCUACAAUAUACUUAACAAAGAUAAGAACUCAUGCUUAAAACGGGCUGAAAUGAAAAAAAUUCAACUUAGUGCUGUCCACUUGCAAAGCUUAUUAUCUUUAUCUAAAAAAUUAUUGAACAAAGAUCUAUUAACUUUUUUGGACAAGGAAGCUCAAAAGGUUCAAGAACUGAAUACAAAUGCUUUUUGGAAUUAUCGUACUUUCAGUGAAAUAAUGAAUUUAGUUAUAAUUGAUCUAUUACGUGAACUCCUUUGUAAUCAAAAUAAUUUACCAGCGCCUUUCAUUCGGGAUGUUCAAGAAUUUAUGAAGAACCUUUUUCUAUCUGGUCAAACUGAAUUGCAAGCAAAACAAUUAAACGAAUUUAAUAUGAAAGAGAAUGGUAAUCUUACGAAUCCAAACGUUAAUAGAUUCAACACAAAUGUAAUGGCAAAUUCUGCUUGUGUUGAUAUUUUAGUGUGGGCAAUUUCUGAUGAAACUGGAGCUGACAGUUUGUGUAGCAGAUUAACUGAAAAAAUAUAUUCUAAUUACAACCACAAAUUAGUCCUUGCUCACAUGCCUUUACUAAUGGUUUGUUUAAAUGGACUUGGUAAUUUGGCUAAGAAAUUUCCAAAUAUUUCCAAUACAUCGAUUUAUAAUAUACGAGAUUUUCUCGUAACGCCUGCACCAAUACUUUUGAAAUUGUACAAGCAGUAUUAUGGACAGUCUACAAAAUACCAAAAAGAAACCCAAGUUUCAUCAAAUGAAUGCAAAUGGACCAAUGCUAAAUUUGCAUUUGAAAUGCUGCGAGAUGUUGCAGUAAAAAAUUUAUGUGUUGCUUUGGAAGCUGCUUAUGCUGUGGAUCCUGAUUGUGUCCCUGCUUUGGUAGCUAGUGUUUCGAAUCGACUUUUCACAGCUGAAAAAAGUGAUAGGGCCCUCUACACACACUCAGUCGAUAAAAAUGAUCAAGAUGAAGGAAUGACUAACAAUCUGAUCUCAACUAACAUAGUUUUCAUGAUGGGACAUGUGGCGGUUGCUCUAAAAAAUAAACCAAAAUCAACUCGUCCAAUUCUUCAAUUCUUUCAACAGCGAUUUUGUCACACACCGACCCGACCAGAGUUGGAUACUUUGAUAGUUGAUCAACUUGGAUUUAUGGUGAUUGCAAAAAGUGACGUUAAGGUGCAUGAAGAAAUUAUGCGAAUGUUUUCUCAUACAUUAGCAUCAAAUGAUAACAGAAAACAAUACAGGCAUGUAUGCGGAGCCGUUACAAAUGCUUUAGCUAAUAUAGCUGUGUAUAUUGAAGGAGAAGCUGAGCUUAAUAAUUUACUAUUAAGGUUGCUUGAACUCUUUGUUCAACUGGGUUUGGAAGACAAAAGGUCAAAUGAUAAAACUGCUACUAAUUUAGCAAACAAAUCAAAUGAUCACACAGGUGAAUUAGGUAUCCUCAUACCAGUUAUUGCUUUACUUUUACGACGAUUACCUCCAAUUCAUAACCCUCGCCAGAGAGUUUUCAAACUCUUCAAAGAUUUUUGGCUUUACUGUGUCAUACUAGGUUUUGCUUCCGAUGCUAGAUCACAUGUUUGGCCAACAAAUUGGCACGAAGGAGUGAAAUAUAUUGCAGUUAAAUCGCCUUACCUUGUAUCUCCUGAUAGUAAUACACGAUUAGAAAUGCGAGAACUUCAGUAUACUUCCGCUGUUCGCAAUGAUUGCGUAUCAUUAAAUGAGUUACAAGAUUUAAGGAGUCAAAUUCUAAAAAUGAGUAAUAGGUCUAGUGAAAUAGCUCCUUAUGUAGCCAAACUUCAGUUUGCUCAAUGCACGUACCUUCUUUCGGUAUUUUGGUUAGAGACUUUGAGGGUAACCAAUAGUCCAGAACCAAGUUUGGAGCCAAUAAUGGAAUAUCUCAGUGACACUGAGCUGCAGAAAGAUAAAAACGGCAUGUGGCAAUGUAUUUGCAGCAUCGGGGACUCGGUAUUUUCUAAAUUUAAAGAUGUAAUGCAGCAUAAACCAAAAAAUGAAAAAAGAGAACUUGAACUCGAGAAACAUGCAAAAUUUUUAUUAGUUUAUUUCAACAAUAUUCAUAAACAAAUAAGAAGAGUUGCUGAUAAAUAUUUAAGCGCAUUAGUAGAUGCCUUUCCUCAUCUUCUGUGGAAUUGUCGAGUCCUUUGGUGUAUGCUCGACAUUCUUCAAGUUCUAUCUUUUGCACUACAUUUAGAUCCAAAUGAAGAAACGCCGAUCCUUAGAGUACCUGAAACAUCCUAUAAUAUUCAAUUGAUGGAAAGUUAUGAAGCUAGAGAGAAUAUUAUAAAAGAUUUCACUGCAAGAUGUAAAGGAAUUGUACAAGAGGCUAUGAAGUGGGCACCUCAAGCCACAAGGAGCCAUUUACAGGAGUAUAUUAAAAAAUUUCAAUACUCUGGAGCCUGGCAUUACGGCAACUUAGGACUGGCUACUGAUUCGAUUCUUGAGUUAAUUGAUUUAUCGGGUACAACUUUGAAUGCUCAUCCAAGUGCACUAAAUAUCACAGAUAAACGGCCUCGAUUGAUGAGUUCAAGUUCUUGGUUACUCUCAAUGAUGACGACGCGAUCAUGGUACGCAGGUGAAGUUGCUGGAAUGCUCAGUCAUGCCCGUGCCCAGUUUCCAACUAACAAUUCGAAUUCUUUCGAUAAUCAUGUGUCGGUUUCUAAACGCUUGAUUGAUGAUAUAUGGAAAGCUGGUCACGAAAAAAAUGAUAAUGAUUAUUAUUCAGCUUUGUGGCGAGCAACUGCAUUAUUGAUUUCAAUGAAAGGUAUUCAUAGAAGCUUACUUCAUACAGUAGCUUGCUCCCAUGUGAAACUUUUCAGCAAACCAUCAAUGCUGACAGCGAUCGAAUGUUGGCAAUGGAUUUUAACAGCCCGUCCAGAUAUGAAACUAAGAUUUUUGCAAGAAAUGUUUUCUGCAUGGCAGUAUACUAUAGAUAAAAGAAUUGGUAUAUUUUCUUCGGAACAAGAACAAAUCUCACCUUUAGCUGUUACAGAAGGUUAUGAACUUGGCCCUUGUGCUCCUAUUGUGCAGCCACAUGAAAUAUGGAUUUCUUUUAUAGUUGAUAUAAUAGAAACUGCUAAAUACUGCUGUCAAGAAACUGUUGAAAUGAUAGGACUUUUAUUACAUCGCUCUUUGCCCAUGAAUAUAGGAGCAGUAUUGGAUGAAUUUCAUUUGAAUCGACACAUAGCUGCAAUAGGAGCUCGAUUCAAGCUUCUCUCAUGCGGUCUUUAUUUGUUACAGGGUGACAUUAUUCCUAAAUCUUUGAGUAAAAAUGUUUUGCGGGAACGAGUAUAUUGUAAUAGUUUGGAUUACUUUUGUUGCAACAGACAAACGCCUACUCAAGAAUUAGAACAGCUAAGAGAAGAUAUAACGACUUUAAUUAAAUUUUGGCAAGUUAUGCACAGUGAAAAGAAAUAUUUAAUUAUAUCAAAUACGGAAGAAGAUUUAGAAUAUUUUAGAAUUCCAACAACAAACUUCUUUCCUCGGGAUUCAUGUAAUGUUUCUGUGUCUGCUGCUAAUACAGAAUUAAUUAGACAGAAUAUGUCUUCGCACUGGGUAACAACAGCUCCGCCUGCUGCGAACAAUAAUUUUACUUACAGACGAAGUCAUCGUAAUAAAAGGUUCAUCACAAGUAAUUCUCAUGUUAAAGAUUAUAUAAGAAGGCGUAAUUUAAUUCUAGAAUUGCUGGCUGUUGAAAUAGAGUUAUUAUUGGUUUGGGCAAAUCCUGGUGGUAGACAAGAAUUAUCCGUACUUGGUGAACAAAAUAUUGCUGAGUGGCGGGCAAAAUCAAUGAAUGAUAAAUGGCGGGAUUAUACAAGAUUAGCUUGGGAAAUUAGUCCAGCACUAUCAGUUUACUUACCAGUUCGACUUAAAAAUACUGAAAUAAUUAUAAAUGAAGUUUGUCGACUUGUUCAACUACAACCUAUUUAUGUUCGACAUAUUCCGGAUGCGCUACAAUAUCUUGUAACAACUGACACUCUCCUCAAUGAUUCUUCAAAACUUGUUUUCAUGCUUACUUGGACAGAAGUAUCACCAAUUCACGCCUUAGCUUAUUUUUCCAGACAAUUUCCACACCAUCCAAUUUCAGCUCAGUAUUCAGUUAAUGUUCUUGAGAGCUAUUCCGCCGAAGUAUUACUAUUUUAUAUUCCACAAUUAGUUCAAUCAGUACGCCAUGACUUCAUGGGUUACGUUACAGAACUCUUAAAAAUGAUUGCAAAAAGAUCACAAAUUGUUGCUCAUCAAUUAAUUUGGAACAUGCAUACUAAUAUGUAUAUGGAUGAAGAUAAGCAAGUUAAAGAUCCUAAUUUAUACGAUCAAUUAGAUACUAUUGUAAAAAAUAUUUUAAACAACUUAUCAGGCACUGCAAAAAUAUUUUAUGAAAAAGAAUUUGAAUUUUUUGAAAAAAUAACAAACAUAUCCGGAGAAAUUAGAGUGUUCCCCAAGGGUCAUGAAAGAAAACAGGCUUGUUUGAAUGCUUUGAAAAAAAUAGAAGUUCAACCAGGAUGCUAUUUACCAUCGAAUCCUGAGGCAAUGGUACUCGAUAUAGAUUAUAAUAGUGGAACGCCAAUGCAAAGUGCGGCUAAAGCACCAUUUUUAGCUAGAUUUAAAGUGAAGAGAUACGGAAUAAAAGAACUAGAAAAUGCAGCAAUGAUUGUCUCUGCGAGUAGUAAUACAAAUAUUGAUAAUUCUCAGCAAGAUUAUUGGCAAGCUGCAAUUUUCAAAGUUGGAGAUGAUGUUAGACAAGAUAUGUUAGCUUUGCAAGUUAUUUCUAUUUUUAAACACGUAUUUCAAAAAGUUGGAUUAAAUUUGUAUCUCUACCCAUAUCGAGUUGUUGCAACUGCGCCGGGUUGUGGCGUUAUUGAAUGCGUUCCUAAUGCAAAAUCUCGAGAUCAGUUAGGAAGGCAAACAGAUUAUGGAAUGUAUGAAUACUUUGCUUCAAUUUAUGGCGAUGAAACUUCAAAAGCAUUCCAAAAAAUUCGACGUAACUUCGUAAAAUCGAUGGCUGCUUACAGUGUUAUAACUUAUUUGCUGCAAAUCAAAGAUCGACAUAAUGGUAAUAUAAUGAUUGACGAAGAAGGUCACAUCAUCCAUAUCGAUUUCGGCUUCAUGUUUGAAAGCUCACCUGGAGGUAAUUUGGGUUUUGAACCCGAUAUAAAGCUUACAGAUGAAAUGGUUUUAGUAAUGGGUGGUAAAAUGGAAGCAGCCCCAUUCCGCUGGUUUAUGGAACUAUGCGUGCAAGCUUUCCUUGCUAUCAGGCCUUACCAAGAUGCCAUUGUAUCGUUGGUAUCGUUAAUGUUAGAUACGGGCUUGCCUUGCUUCCGUGGUCAAACUAUAAAAUUAUUACGAAGUCGUUUUGCACCUACAUCUACAGAUAAGGAAGCUGCAGCGUUCAUGAUAAACGUAAUUAGGAAUAGUUACCUGAACUUCAGAACGAAGACUUACGAUAUGAUUCAGUACUACCAAAAUCAAAUUCCAUAUUAAUACGAGAAAGUUAUUAAAGUGGAAAACUUGUUGUACAUCCAAAACAAAAUGUUCUCCCAAAAUGUUCUUAUAAUGGAACUAUAUAUAUACGUUAUGUGUUAAAUAUUAUAUGUUACGAGUUAUUUGUUGUUAAACAAAGUUAUGUAUUAAAAAUACACUCUCUUAUCGUGAA